CACCCCUGUGCGGCUGCCAUGGCUUUCGAAACGAUCCGGAGAAGUCGUGAGAAACUCGUUGCCUUCCUUGAAAAAGCACCGAGUCUCAUCUUGGAUGAUGCUGCCUCCCAAGGCUUCAUCUCGGAGACUGAUUACAAUGAUUUGGAUGAGCUGGAGAACCCAAAGGAGAAAAUACGAAAACUCCUGGUGAAGAUCCAGAUCCGGGGGGAACAGAUUUGCCACCAGUUUCUGGAAUGCAUACGGAGCCUCUUCCCAGAUUUGCCCCCAGAGUUAUGGCCUCCAGCAACUGCUUGUGGCCCUACAGCAUGCCUAAAUCAAAAUGAAACUCAAAACCAUGAUCCUGCAAAUAGUACUUUGGAGAAAAACAGAGAAGAAAAUACAGACUCAGUCACCUCCUUUCCACUGAAUGGAAACAAGGACUCAGAAGGUAUACCAGCAUUAGAAAAUGUAGGCAAUACACCAGAGACUGAACCAGAGGACAUGGAAGAAGACAUUCCGGAAGGGACAGUUGAGCCUUUCUUGAGGAAGCUAGGCCUCAGCAAACGAAGCAGGCAAAAGCUCACUGUGGGGGAAAUUCUGGAAAUUGAGUUAGAAAGUCUCGAAACUCCAGCUCCACAGAAACUGGAAGAUCUGCCUUGGCACUUUUUGAGGAAACUGAUGGCCCUCAACGGGACAGCAAGGAAUACAGGCCUUGCCUCAAAGGCUGAGGAAGGUUCAGAUGAGGAGGUUGAUGAUGUAGGGGAUCAAUUGCUCUCUCUGAUGGAAGUGGACACUGAAGUUUCUGUGAACCCCCUUGAUGUUCUUUGUGCUACCUUGCUUUGCUCUGAUAGUUUGCUUCGGCAGGAGAUCUUGCUCAAAAUGUCCAUGUGCCAGUUUGCUCUUCCUCUGAUCUUACCUCCCCUUGCCAACUCCAAAUGCUCCUUCAUGCUCUGGGCCAUGAGGGACAUUGUGAGAAAAUGGAGACCCCAUUCCAUAGCUGAGAGCAAAGGCUUCAAAGAGGAGAGUUUGGUGCGUAUUUCUAUGCCAACCAUUUCUUUUGUGAGGCUCGGAAACUCCUGUCUCUCCAAAUCCAAGCUUAUUAAUGAGGUCCUUAGCUCUCAUCAGCACCAUCAUGAUUUUUUUGUUCACCAUGAUUCAGAGUGUGGAAAUGCCCCUCGAGAAAUCAGUAACGGUCUAGUAGAAAUUUCCUGGUAUUUUCCUGGUGGGAGAGAAAACUCAGAUAUUUUUCCAGAGCCCGUAGCAAUAACAAACUUACGUGGAAACAUGGAGUCACACUGGCUGCAGUUCAGUUUCUUAACAGAAGUUUCCUCAGCUGUGUUCAUUCUUGUUGAGGAUAUUUCUGACACAGAAUAUAAUACGUUACUGAGCCUCCAUGAACUGAGAUCUAAAUACUACUUUAUCUUGAAUACUGAAGGGAGGAAAUCAAGGGAGACAUUGGAGUUCCUUAACAAACUUGUACCAGUACUGAAUUUGAACAAAUCACAGCUGCUGGUGAAGGAAAAGAUCCAAAAUAUCACAGAAUUUGUGAAGAAACUUCGUUCCGCCAUGCGGAAUAUAGUACACACCCAUCAAAAAGAGGUGAAUGUGGAAGAAAUGGCCAGCAUAGGCCAAGAACUGGGAAUUGAGAUAGAUGAAAAUUCAAAGGAAUGUCAGAAUGGGGCUGUGCAUGCUAAGGAAAUUGUUGAAGAAAUUAAAGAUGUGGCAGUCUAUAAGAAGGAAAUGCUGAAGCUCCAGGGAGACUUGUGGAGAAAUGUGGCUCAAGUGGAGAAAGAGCUGUGUAGGAUGAAAGGGCAAGCUGACACACCGGCAGAAGAUUACAAAUCUCAAUUAAGAGAGAAAUGGAUAGGGUUACGUGCGCAACAGAAUCGGUGUGAUCUUACCGAUGGGAUAACAAAGUUUAUUAAUGGAAUACAUAAUCUUGGCUCAGUGGAAAAACAGUACUUUCUAAAAUGGAUGAAGUUCAGCUUAGAUCGUGUUGCAAGAGCUAACCUUUUAAAAUUAAGGGAAGAAUACAAAGAGAUUUGUCGCACCACUACAAAUGAUGUACAACAAUUAGUACGGCUGGAUGAAUUAAUUUCUGUCGGUUCCUUAGGGGUAGAACACUUCAUGCGUGAGCUGGGGCAAUUUUAUGAGGCAGAAUACAUGAUGGUGAAGGAAGGUAACAUGGCGGAGAACAAAAGGCAAUUUGUCCAUUUGCCGGGAAUAGCUGCUGACCUGAUGUUGGAAGGAUUCCCAAUGGAACUGAUGGAUGGAGAUGCCUCUAACAUUCCACUGCAAUGGGUGACUGAUGUUCUAAUGGAACUCCAUGUUAAGCUAGGAGGCAAAUCUAGGAUGCAAGUUCUGACUGUUCUUGGUGUACAAAGCACUGGGAAAUCUACUCUUCUCAAUACCAUGUUUGGACUGCAGUUUGCUGUUAGCAGUGGUCGAUGUACUCGGGGAGCAUUCAUGACACUCCUUAGAGUCUCCGAAAAUCUGCAGCAAGGAAUUGGCUGUAAUUUUAUCCUGGUGAUAGAUACAGAAGGCUUGAAGGCCCCGGAGCUUGCCAAACUGGAAGGUAGCUAUGAACAUGACAAUGAGCUGGCCACCUUGGUUAUUGGGCUCAGUGAUAUAACAAUAGUUAAUUUGGCCAUGGAGAACGCCACCGAAAUGAAGGACAUCUUACAAAUUGUGGUACAUGCAUUUCUGAGGAUGGAGGAAAUUGGGCAUAAGCCUAAUUGCCAGUUUGUGCAUCAGAAUGUUAGUGAUGUUUCUGCCCAUGAUCAGAACAUGAGGGACAGAAAACACCUCCUGGAGCAGCUCAAUGAAAUGACCAAGGCUGCAGCAAGAAUGGAAAAACAAUGUAAAGAAGUGUCAUUUUCAGAUAUUAUGGAGUAUGAUCCUGAAAAACACAAUUGGUACAUUCCUGGCUUGUGGCAUGGGGUCCCACCAAUGGCUCCAGUCAAUUUGGGAUACAGUGAGAGUGUAUCAGAGUUAAAAAGAUAUCUGUUCAAUUUCAUGGAAACUUGUUCACAAAAAGGAACCCCUAAAGACAUCCCUCAGUUUGUUGAAUGGGUAAAAAGCUUGUGGAGUGCUGUAAAACAUGAGAAUUUUAUCUUUAGCUUCCGCAACAGUCUUGUGGCUGAUGCUUAUAACCAACUUGCAUUAAAGUAUUCAGAAUGGGAAUGGGAUUUUCGGAAGGAAAUGCACCUCUGGAUGUCCGAAGCUCAUACCGCUAUUCAAAACCUAUCCCCAGAAGAUUUUGAAACUGAUGCUGUAGAUAAAUUAAAGCGUGAUACUUACGUCAAGCUGGAUGCUGGAGAGCAAAAAAUAUUACAGUGUGUACAAAACUAUUUUGAGAGUGGUGCUGAAAACUUGCACCUGGUAGAAAAGUAUAAAGAAGACUUCAUCAGAAGUGUGAAAUUUCUUCGGAACCAGCUGGAGGGAUAUUUAAUUAAUAAGUGCCAGCACAUUGUUCUUAUAUGUAAGGGAAUGGGUAAGAUCAGCAAUAUGCAGGCCGUGUACUUAAAAACCAUAGAAAAGAAGGUAAACAAGCUCUUAGAAGGAUAUAAAGAGAAGGACUACCAACUGAGUCCUAAGGAACUAGAGGAUGAAUUUGAGAAAAUGUGGAAGGAAACCUUGGAAGAGUUGCCACCAAACAAUUUAACUCAUCUAAAAAUUCAUACAAAUGUGUUCUCUCAGCUAAAAAAAGAUUUGGAACAUCGAGGUGGCUUAGCAAAUCAGAUCUUCCAACAAUUAAUGCACCAGUCAGACAUGAUGGUCUUCACGAUGAAAAAGCAGUAUCUAGAAACCUCAUGGGCACUAAGAAUAAAGGGGCUGUUCAAAGAUUACAAAGGGAAAAUAGAGGACUCUGCUAUGAGCACAGUUGAAUUAUGUAAGAAUUAUGUUGCAGGGAAAGUCAGUAUGGAAGGGGACUAUGAUGAAACAUAUUGCUGGGAAUUGUUGAAAAUGGUCAACGAGAGACUUCAAGACAUGAAACUGAAGGGACUCUGUGUUACUAUUAACUUUGAGGUGGAUCUGAAAUAUUGUAUUCUCAGAGAGGCAGCCGAUGCUUUUCAGAAGAUGCACGAUGACUUCAUUAGAGAAAACAAUCCUCAUCAACGUCUGGAAAACCUGAAACCGCAUUAUCUUUCCAUCUUCAAAGACCUUUACUAUGAGAAGGAUGCUUGUCAGAAAAGAGCCAAAGAUUUUUGUGACCUGUGUCUGAGACCAGCUCUGGUGGACUAUCUCUACAAGAGACUCGGGCUAGAAAUAGUAGAUGAUGUUCUCAGCAGCGGACUGUCCAUUCAGUAUGGCAGUCGCAGCUUUUUUCAGUUCACUGUGCAGAAGACUUUGCUGGAAGAGGAGAAUUUUGAUAAGUAUCAGGAAUAUAUAAUCCAUUAUAAACGGUUUGCCAAAUCUUGGAUAUAUGAACAUCUACUAGAAUACUACGAGCAGAGAGAAGACUUGAUGGUUUUGGAGAGACAAAUCCUAUCUGGUGUGAUAAAGAAAACAAACGAAGCUCUGGAGGGCGGUGCAAAGCAAACUGUGACUUUGUCUGAUUUCUUGGAGUGUUUCUGCCUUGGGAUGAGGAAAGAGCUUGUCAUUUCCAAGGACUCCCUGGAUGUCGUGAAGUUCAACAAUGCUGCCAAGACUGAAUCUUUCUCUACUGCAGUCCAGGCCUAUAUCCCUGAGAUUAUAGACGGAAUCCUUUCGGAGCAGUUUGAAAUGAAUAUUGAACAGGUGCUUUCAAGGAUUUCAUUCAAGCCCCAGGAUGAGAUCUUCAACCGAGUCUUUGGCUGUGGGAAACAGUGUCCCUUCUGCAAAGUUCCCUGUGAAGCCGGGGGUGGCGAUCACCAAGAACACUUUGCUUCCGUCCAUCGACCUCAAGGAUUAGGCAUGUACAGAUAUGUGGACACAGAAAAGCUCCUGUACUCCUUAUGUUCCUCUGAUGUCAUUUCCAACGCCCAGUUCAGAAAUGUAGAUACCGGCGGAGAAUGGCAUCCAUAUAAAGAAUACCGCAAAUACUAUCCCGACUGGCGCAUCCAGCCUGACGCCAGCAUCUCUGCCUCAAACUACUGGAAGUUUGUUUUCAAGGAAUUCAACCAGCAGUUUGCCAAACGUUAUAAAGCUUGCCCAGCUGAUCUCCCUGAGGACUGGAAGAAAAUCACCAAGAAGCAAGCAUUAGAAAGCAUCCAAGAAGCCUUUAACAUGAACUAAUACAUGAGAGGUGCUUCUACUGACAAGACGACACACUCCUGUUUUGAUGUCUGUUAUAGCAAUACAGUACUGUCACUCACUAGUCCAUCAACACUUCUUCUUGUUGAUUAUUGGCACUAUAUGCUGUUUUCCUUUCUCUCUUCCAAAAUACAUAUAUUUACUGGAUCCUUGAAAAACUUACUUGUGCCGUGUAACUCUUAUAGUAAUUUUGCUUGGAAUGUUCGUGCCAAAUACAAAACAGAUGUUUAUUUAGGAUUUAUUCUUAUUAAAUUGAGAACCCUGUUUAGGUGUGGGCGUUUGAAAUACCUGAAUAUUCACAAUGUUACUUUUUGAGAAAGAGUGUCUGGUUUGCAAGACACAUAGCCAUUAACUUGUUUUUCUUGUGGGAGGCUUUCCCUAUAUUGGCAUAUACUCAAUAAAUGCCUAAUUUCACA